AUGAAUCCGCAAAUCAGCAACCUAGCCAUCAUGCUUGUCAUGAUGCAAGUGUCGCGUCGUCUCGACUUGGAAAACCCCAGCAUCUUGCUGUACGUUCGUAUUGCGUACUGCACCAGUGUGGCCGUGGCGUGGAUCGUCUACCAGCUGGCCAGAUCCCGUAUCGUCCAGAAAAACGACCUCACUACGCUGAAAUACGUGGCUCCAGCCAACGCCAUGGCUGGCGAAACUGAGGGCAAGCUGCAGGUCACAACCGUCAGAGACUACGACUUGAAAGAACUCGAUUCCGCCAUCAAAUCCAUCUACACCGGGUUGGCCAUGAUGGGCUUCAUGCAUCUGUACAUGAAAUAUACUAACCCAUUGUUGAUGCAAUCGAUCUCUCCAGUCAAGUCUGCUCUUGAGCACAACGAGGUCAAAAUCCAUCUUUUUGGUAAACCAGCCUCGGGCGACCUCAAGAGACCUUUCAAGGCUCCCUCGCUCUUUGGCGGCUUCGGUGCUGGCCCAGACGCCAAAACUGACAAGAAGUCUAUCGAAGAGGCAGAGACCGCUGGCCAAGGUGGUGUUAAAGCUGAAUAG